CAUGACCCCCCUCCGACAAGCAACCAUGUACUGUUAGUUUAUAUCUUAUGUGAUGUUCCAUCUUCGCUUCACAAAAGCUUUUUUACAAAUGCACGAAUUCAUCUUCUCCGAUAUUUCCGCAUAACUCUCAGAAGUUUGUUUCCUAAGAAGAUAUUACCUUGGCGAUUUUAUACCUACGCCAAAUAAGACAAUCGCUUAAGUUUUUUUUUACAAAUAGUAAAUUUCGCUCCGGUAGCAUACCGUUAUUUUAUUAUCACGUGCUGCAAGGAAGACAGAUUUCGCUGUCUCAUCUUUUUAAGGACUUUUAGGGGCUUCCUUGAAAAGCCGUCCAUAGUCAUGGUUGUGUGCAACACGUCACUGAUGCAGCUUCCGGCUGCUUACAUUUCCGGACUAUGCCAAUUAAGUGCAAUCCCUGCUAUAACAUGUAAUCAACGAUUCCAACCGUUGAUAGGAGCUGGAGCUCCUAUUCCAGGACCUCCACCAGUACUCCCUUCCGCCACAAUCCGUCUUCCACCGCCAUCUAGUCCAAGAAAUACUCCACCAGACUCUGCAACCGAAACAACUGUCAUUCCUUGCAGUGGUGUAAACUUAAUCCCUGGAACCACAAAUUUAGUUUCAUUGACUAACGGUGUUAACCCUGUAGUACCUUUGACUGAAGGAUUCACGUCAGCAUAUAUUCCGAAAUUAGCCAAUACUCAAGUUACUUCCACAAAUUUUACACCCCCACCUAAGUGCAUCUACUCACCCUUGACUACUACAGGACUAGUACAAUGUACACCGAGAAUUAUAACUGGACAAUCAGUGCUACAAUGUACCCCAGGAGUUUGUCCAAUGGCGCCUACUAUAUUGCCACCCAAUCCACCAAUGGAGCCACCUUUAACUAUACUACCUACCACUGUUGUGCCUAAUACAUCGACUAUUUACUUUAACCAUGGACCUUCCUUUUCUUCCAAUCUUGUGGGAUCUACAGCAAUAUCUUCAUGGAAGCAAUCUUAUGGCAUGGAACAAGUAUGGCAGUAUGAAUUCAAGUCCUUAUUUUCACAGUACAUACCUCAUUCAUGGCUUCUGUUACCUGUCCUCGCAAAACCUGACGGCAUAUGGAACUCCAACGUGGAUUCAGCCAAAGUGCGAUUUUGCUGCGAGGAAUGCGGACACGGUUGGACAUCUAUGAAAGGACGCGUGGCUUUUUGGUUUGUACUCAAUCCAGCCACUGGAGAAGGUGUAGUUUGCCUCAAGCUUUAUGGUCAACAGUGCGAUCGCUGCAAAAGUGGGAAUUAUGAAGCAGCCAUGUGGUAUCCAGAAGAAGUUUUGAAGGUUUUGGUUAAUAUAUACAAUAGAGUAGGACAAGUAUAUUAUGGAUUUCAACAAGCACCUUACCACAGAGCAAGACGAGCUGGUAAACCAAGAACACCUCAUAACAGCGAGCUCUGCCAAGCUUGCAAGGAUGGUGUUUGUUCAGAGAGAAGAUAGCAACCUCCUUCCAAAUAUUCUUUCUGUUAGUGUUCAAAACUUUCAUACUUUGUAAAAACUUUACUGUAACAUAAUGAGCUGUGUUUUUAAUGUGUAUUUUUUUCUUGUUAUUUUUGGCAGCUGACUCAAAAUCUGAGCGGGUGUACACUUACAAUUUUUUCUUUUUAAUUAGUUUAAGGGAGAAUAAGAUAAUAAACUAUCCAAAAAGAAAAAUUAAAAAAAUUUUCUUUUUUUUUUGUUAUGAAAUAGGCAUUAACAUAAGUAAGAAAUUAAUUUGUACUAAUUGAUAAGUAAAAAAAUUAAUUUGAUAAGUAAGAGCUAGUUUACUCACUGUAUAUUUAUUGAAAAGUACAAGAGUUCAUACAAGCCAAAUGCUUCAUUAUAAAACUAAUUUCAGUUAAUACUUAUUAAUGCUCCAGUUAUUAAUUUCAGUUUUUUUAUGAUACUAAUUUCAGUUACUUCCUUUGGAGGAGAGGCGUAGACAUCUUUUGACCGCAAGGAUACGAUUGUUUAAUGAAAAAAAAAUAUAUUAUAAAUUUUCAAGUUAAAUAAAUCUAAUUAUCUUACAUUGGUCUUUUAUUAUCUUAUUUUAUCNUUAUUAAUUUCUGUUUUUUUAUGAUACUAAUUUCAGUUACGGACAUCUUUUGACCGCAAGGAUACGAUUGUUUAAU